AUGAUACGUGAGAUUACGACAUAUCAGAGUGAAGCUAUGAUACGUGAGAUUACGACAUAUCAGAGUGAAGCUAUGAUACGUGAGAUUACGACAUAUCAGAGUGAAGCUAUGAUACGUGAGAUUACGACAUAUCAGAGUGAAGCUAUGAUACGUGAGAUUACGACAUAUCAGAGUGAAGCUAUGAUACGUGAGAUUACGACAUAUCAGAGUGAAGCUAUGAUACGUGAGAUUACGACAUAUCAGAGUGAAGCUAUGAUACGUGAGAUUACGACAUAUCAGAGUGAAGCUAUGAUACAGCAAACCGAAAGAACAAAUUAA